AUGGCCUCCUUGCCAGAAAAUAUGACUCUUCAGAUGAUACAAACCAUUAACAAUUCUUCUUUGAUUCAGCCAGGAUUUUCUUUAUUGAACUUCGAUGGCCAGGUUUUCUUGUUUGGACAGAAAGGCUGGCCAAAGAGGUCUUGUCCUACUGGGAUUUUCCUGCUUGAUUUCAAAAAGGAUGAACUCAAACUGAAGCCAGCAUUCUUCUCCAAAGAAUCCUGCUACCUUCCUCCUCUACGGUAUCCUGCAAUCUGCACUCUCAAAGGCCACACAGAAUCUGAGAAAUGCCAGUACAUCAUCCAUGGAGGGAAAACACCAAACAAUGAGCUUUCUGAUAAAAUGUACAUUAUAAACAUGGUGAGUAGGAAUAACAAGAAAACCACCUUUAGAUGUAUUGAGAAAGAAUUAGAUGGGGAGAUCCCUGAAGCCAGAUACGGCCAUACAGUUAAUGUGGUUCACAGUCAAGAUAAAAGUAUGAUUGUUAUAAUUGGAGGAAGAUCAUACAUGGCUUGUGGACAGAGGACAACAGAAAACUGGAACAGUGUGGUUGACUGUAUGCCACAUGUGUUCCUGGUUGACCCUGAAUUCGGAUGCUGCACUUCAUAUGCCCUCCCAGAGCUUCAGGGUGGAUUUUCUUUUCAUCUCUCUCUGGUCAGAAAUGACACCCUCUAUGUCAUAGGGGGGCAUUGCAUUGAAAAUAACACCAGACCCCCAAAUCUCUACAGGAUAAAAAUUGACCUUCCAAUAGGCAGCCCAGCUGUGAGCUGCUGUUUCUUGCCUGGGGGGAUCUCCGUAUCCAGUGCCAUCAUGACCCAGACCAGAGAAAGGGAGUUUGUCAUUAUUGGGGGCUACCAUUCUGACAACCAGAAGAGGAUGGUUUGUAAUGCAAUCAACUUAGAAGAUAACAAAAUAAUAAUAGUGGAAAAGGAGGCACCAGAAUGGACCCCAGAUAUCAAACACUGCAAGAUAUGGUUUGGGAGUGAUAUGGGAAAUGGAGCUAUACUGUUUGGUAUACCAGGAGAUAACAGGCAGCUAAUUUCAGAUGCAAACUACUUUUACAUUUUGAGAUGUCAAAGAGUGGAAGAAAGUGAGGAAGACUCAGAACAGAUGGCCCAAAUAUGCAGUCAAAGUUCUACGGAAGAUGCAGGAGAUUCAACUCCUUUUGAAGAUUCAGAGGAGUUCACUUUCGGCUUUGACACUAACAAUAUUGACACCUAUAAUGAAGAUGAUGAGGAAGAUGAAUCAGAAGCAGGCUACUGGAUCACAUGCUCUGUGGGCUGUGAAGUUGAUAUCAACACAUGGGUGCCCUUGUACUCAACAGAACUCAACAAGCCAGCAAUGAUUUUCUGUUCAAGUGGAGAUGGCCACUGGGUCCAUGCUCAGUGUAUGGACCUAUCUGAGAACAUGCUCAUUCACCUUUCAGAAGCAAACAUAAAAUACUUCUGCAUUGAACAUGUCAGAUUGGCCCGGGGACUACAGACUCCCAAGGAGGUGCCACCUGUGGAAAAGCAACCCAUGAAAGCAUUGCGCAGGAAAGCUCCCAUGAAAAUAGCCACUCCUGCAAAGAAGUCCUUUGUUCGGAAGUUAUUUGAAUAG